AUGGCACUAUUGCCCGAUAUAAGGCAAGUUGCAGCAGCCAACAAUUGGUUUCUUGAACAACUUGACAUUAACAAUGCUUUCCUUCAUGGAGAGUUACUUGAGGAUGUUUAUAUGUCAGUACCCGAGGGUAUCACAUCUCCUCAUCGAGGAAAAGUAUGCAAACUUCAUAAGUCACUCUAUGGAUUAAAGCAAGCAAGUAAUAACAUAGAUGAAAUCAGAUUCUGCAAGUCUCAUCUAGAUAAUCUUUUCCACAUCAAGGACCUUGGACCUUUGAAGUUUUUCCUUGGAUUGGAAGUGGCAUGUUCCACAAAUAGGAUAGUCUUGAACCAAAGAAAGUAUGUUUUAGAAAUGCUUGAGGAAACAGGUUUGCUUGGAGCAAAGCCUGUAUCAACUCCAAUUGAACCUACAGUUCGACUACAUCAGAACCAAGGAGAAAAGUGUUCUGAUCCUUCUUUAUAUCGUCGAAUUGUGGGACGCCUUUUAUAUCUCACCAACACCAGACCAGAUAUCUCCUUUGCAGUACAACAACUAAGUCAGUCCGUGGCUUCUCCUACAAAAGCUCACCUUGAUGCUUCUUACCGAGUCUUAAAAUACCUCAAAGGGUCCUCAACCAAAGGUAUUUUUUUCUCAUCACAAAGCAAUCUUCAAUUAUCAGGAUUUGUUGAUGCAGAUUGGGCUACCUGCCCUGAUACACGUAAAUCCACAACUGGCUUUUGUGUCUUUCUUGGACCUUCCCUCAUAUCAUGGAAAUCAAAGAAACAAAGUACUGUUAGUCGAUCUUCAGCAGAAGCAGAGUACAGGGCAUUGGCUACAUUAUCGUGUGAAAUACAAUGGCUCACUUACUUGCUGCAUGAUCUACGAGUACCAAUCUCUGUUCCAGCAAUGAUCUAUUGUGACAACCGAGCAGCAGUUCAUCUAGCUCACAAUCCUUCCUUCCAUGAACGGAGUAAGCACAUAGAGCUUGAUUGCCACAUUACUCGCGAAAAGAUCGUCCAAGGUUUAAUACAUCUACUUCCUAUCUCUUCAGCUCAACAACUGGCAUACAUGUUUACUAAAGGGCUUCAUCCGUCUCCUCUCAAGAAUUUCAUGUCCAAGUUGGGUCUUUUAGAUAUCCACUCCCAACUUGAAGGGGGUGAUGAGAUACACUAUUCUCACGUGCUAUUCACACGUGACAACUAA